AUCAAACCCCCUAUUUUCAUUAUCAUUAUAUUAACCGUUAUCUCAGGAACUAUGAUCGUAAUAACAACUUCCCACUGACUCAUGGUCUGAAUCGGCUUCGAAAUAAACCUACUAGCCAUUAUUCCUAUCCUCAUAAAAAAAUACAACCCACGAGCCAUAGAAGCAGCCACAAAAUACUUCCUAACACAAGCAACUGCUUCCAUGCUCCUAAUAAUAGGAAUCAUCAUCAACUUACUGCACUCAGGACAAUGAACUGUCUCAAAAGACCUGAACCCCAUAGCAUCCAUUAUAAUAACAACCGCCCUAGCAAUAAAACUAGGAUUAGCCCCAUUCCACUUCUGACUGCCCGAAGUCACACAAGGAAUCUCCAUGUCCUCGGGCCUAAUCCUACUCACAUGACAAAAAAUCGCCCCACUAUCAAUUCUAUACCAAAUCUCACCUACCAUUAAUCCUAACCUACUCCUAACAAUAGCCAUCAUAUCAGUUAUAAUCGGAGGCUGAGGGGGACUCAAUCAGACCCAACUACGAAAAAUCAUAGCAUAUUCCUCAAUCGCCCAUAUAGGCUGAAUAGCAGCUAUCAUAAUAUACAGCCCCACAAUAAUAAUUUUAAACCUGAUCAUCUACAUCACCAUAACACUAACCACCUUUAUACUAUUCAUAUAUAACUCAACCACAACAACAUCAUCCCUAUCACAGACAUGAAAUAAAACUCCCCUAAUCACCUCAUUUAUCCUAGUACUAAUAAUAUCUCUAAGCGGCCUUCCUCCACUCUCCGGCUUCAUCCCAAAAUGAAUAAUCAUCCAAGAACUAACUAAAAAUGAAAUAAUUAUAAUACCCACACUACUAGCUAUAACAGCGCUACUUAACCUAUACUUCUACAUACGACUAACAUAUACCACUGCACUAACUAUAUUCCCCUCAAAUAACUGCAUAAAAAUGAAAUGACGAUUCGAACGCACAAAAAAAACAAUCCUUUUACCCCCCUUAAUCGUAAUAUCUACCAUACUACUACCACUCGCACCAAUACUAUCUGUCCUAGAUU